AUGUCGACCCCUCCACGACGCACUCGACCACAAGUCGAGAUCCAUGAACUGGCCGAGUCGCCCAAGUCGUGUUCGGGUUCGUCGCCUUUCCCCCACAGUCCUGCGAUCGUUGCGUUUGGGACUUCAACUUCGUCGUCUCCGUCGUCGUCGUCGUCGAGCUCGGAGCAUGAUCGAGCCGCCGCCAGCAGCGGUGACGCGCACACGACCAAGGCCACGACGACCACGACCACGACCACGACCACGACCACGACGACCACGUCCAAGGCCCAGGGAAUCCACCCAGACCGUGUACUCCCCUUCGUGGUGACCAACAACAGCUCCGGUAUCUCGUCCGACUCACCCACGACCGCUUCUCCGUCCCCCAUGGACUACUACACCCGUCGAGGACUGAACCGCGGCGCCGGUCAUCGCAGCAGCCCGUCGGCCUCCCCCUUGCUCCCAAGGCGGUCCUCACCCGGCGGUCGAGCUGGAGGGAGUAACCUCAGCAACGAUGAUGGAUUGGACGAAGUCGAUCGGGAUGCCCCCCGGAGGUGGGCCAGGCUCGAGAAGGAUUACCAGGACGAUCGACCGGGCAUAUUGGGGGCAUUCGAUCGCACCAAGGACUUUGUCAAGCGGAACGAAGGUCCGUGCGCGCGUCCCAUCAGUUGGGUGCUUGAAACUUACGCUGAAUAGUUUACCAUUUGAACAGGCUUCUUGUUGAUCGGAGCUGCCCAGGCAUUUUUUGCGACGAUUUCCGCUUGCGUCAAGGUUCGUCAGCGAUUUCACUCGCGCCGCUCUGACCGAGAUUCGUCCGGAGACUGACGAAGGAUUCAUCCCACAGGCACUACAGGAGCGAAUGAACAUGCCCGUAUGGGAGCUCAUCCUCAUUCGCAUGUCCUUGACCUGGUACGCAUCCCUUUCCUCACGACCUAUGAUCCGACUCGGACCAGCGGGCAGAAAGCUCAUCGAAUCUGAUGAGAAACAGGAUCGGCUGCUACACCUGGAUGCGCUGCAACAACGUCGAACACCCCUUCCUCGGUCCCCCGGGGGUGCGUUUACUCCUUGCCGCCCGAGGCUUCGUCGGCUUCUGGGGCAUCGCCCCACUUUACUAUUCGUUGCGCUACAUCCCCCUCAGUGACGCGACCGUGCUCGGCUUCCUCGCCCCCUUCAUCAUCGGCGUCCUCGGCAGCGUCUUUCUCGGUGAAGCCUACUCGCUGACCGAAGGCCUCGUCGCGCUCGUCUCAUUGUGCGGUGUCGUGCUCAUCGCCAAACCGUCCUUCCUCUUCCCCGGCCAUCUCUCCCAAGCUCCCGAAGGCGUCACGCCCGAACAACGUACUUUUGCCGUCUUCGUCUGCCUCGGCUCCUCCUUCGGUGCGGCCGCAGCCUACCUGCUGAUCCGCAAGAUCGGCAAACGAGCCAGCGCGACGCAUUCGAUCGCGUAUUUCUCCAUCUACUGCUGCCUCGUAUCUAGCCUGUAUCCGAUCUUUUUCGACUCGCCGCCGGUUUUCUAUUUCACCGAUCCGACAUUUUGGUUGUUGAUCACCCCGAUCGGAAUCUUUGGCUUUGUCGCGCAGGCGUGAGUGAUGCAGACCAGGCCUCUUCUUUGCACUCUUGCGUCUUACGAAGGACUCGAAUUCUCAACUUUCCAUGAUGAUCCCCUCUCCGUCGCAGUCUAUUGACCCUAGGUCUUCAACGCGAAGCCGCCGGACGCGGUUCGCUCGCCGUCUUUUCCAACUUGCUCUUCGCGAUGUUGAUCGAAAAGAUCGUGUUUGGUAAAUGGCCCGAUUUGCUCUCCCUCUGUGGAGCGGCGAUCAUCGUUGCCGGUGGGGUCAAGAUCGCUUUGAUGAAAGUCAGUCAGGCGAAUCAAGCCGUCGUACAGGGGACCGAUCGUGGGAGGGGGGAGCAAGGGGAGGCGGAGAGGGAUUUGGAAGGUGGUGGUGGAGGAGGGUUACAGAUCCGGGAGGACGAUGCGUCCGAAGAGGAAGAGGGUUCGAUACGAGGUGGAGAAAUCAAGGGGAACGGUAAGGACCACCAACCUGGGUCGACACAUUUACAAGUUAAGAGGACGACGAAACCGAGGUCGAAUUCGUUCGGGAGUGGGUUGGCCGAGGCGUUGUUGGAAGAGUCCGAGGUGGAUCGUAGGUCCGAGGUCGCGGCGACGGCGCUGAAUAGAUGA